AAAAAUACGUACAUUUGCAAUAGCUAUGCUUUCUCCAAGGCUGAUUUCUCUUCUCUUCUUCUUCUUUCUGAUCCUCAACCUAACGCUAAUAUCUCAUCACGGCACCAAUGCCCAGCAAAACUUCUUGAAAUUCUUCUGCAGUAACAGCAUCGUCGACGAUGAUACCACUAAGAGUACCUUCAAAACCAACCUAAAAUCCCUUUUAUUUAACGUCACUUCUGACACAAAAAUCAAUUAUGGCUUCUACAACUUGUCCUCCAGCCAAAACUACGACAGAGUCAACGUUAUCGGCCUAUGCCGAGGAGAUGUUAAGGUACAAGAUUGUCACAGUUGUCUCGCAGAUUCAAGAGUUGUUCUUCUCCAAGUUUGUGCCCCUAACGUCAGAGAAGCAAUCGGGUGGUACGAUAACUGCUUUCUCCGAUACUCUAAUCGAACCAUAUUCGGCGUCAUGCAAACACAGCCAUAUUUCUAUCUGUGGAACACACAGGACGUGUUGCAGAAGGACCAGUUCAACUUUGUGGUGACAGAGCUGAUGAAGUUCUUGAGAGAGAAAGCUGCUUCCCACAACUCUGUUCAGAAGUUUGCAGCGGCGAAUGCGACGGGACCGAGCAAUCAAACGAUAUACGGUCUUGCACGGUGCACGCCGGACUUGUUGAACAAGGAUUGCAAUAAUUGCUUGAAUGGGGCAAUCUCUGAAAUCCCGAAAUGUUGCGAUGGAAUGAAAGGUGGAAGAGUGGUAAGACCCAGCUGCAACAUUAGAUAUGAAACCUACAGCUUCUUUGAUCCUACUGCUUCACAAUCUUUCGCAUCACCGCCGUUGCCACCAUCUCCUCCGGCAGUUCUUGAUUUCGUACCCAAACAAGGAAGGUGCAACUCAUCCCGAGCUAUAAUUGCCGUGGUAGUCCCAAUUAUUGUGUUGCUGGCAGUGCUCAUCUUUGUGGUCCUACUUAAAUCCAGGAGAGCCAAAAAUAUUGAAACUAAUAAGUCAACAAAUAUUUCAUGUUCUGAGUUAGAGAAUAAAGUACAGAAAGUAAAAACGCAAAAAGUGCAAGAUGGUCGAUACCGUGGAAAUCCAGGAGUCAAUAAAACCGGCACUGAUGCCCAAUCAAACUUCUUAAAAUUCAACUGUACUGGGACUACUGAUGAUAGCAACAGUACCUUUCAGACCAAUCUCAAAAACCUUUUGAUGAAUAUCUCCAACACGCAAAUCGACUAUGGCUUCUACAACUUCUCCUCCGGCAGUAAAUCCGACAGGGUUAACGCCAUCGCACUCUGCCGAGGAGAUGUUAAGGAACCAGAUUGUCGCAGUUGUCUCGCAGAUGCAAGGAUUACUCUUCUCCAGGUUUGCCCUAACGUGAAGGAGGCGAUCGGCUGGUACGAUAACUGCUUCCUGCGAUAUUCCAACCGAACCAUAUUCGGUCUCAUGGAAACAUCGCCAUAUUUCUACCGGUCGGACACACAUGAUGUGUUGAAGAAAGACCAGUUCAAGAGCGUGGUGACGAAGAUGAUGAAUCUUUUAAGAGACAGGGCUUCUUCCGGCAACUCUGUUCGGAAGUUCGCGGUGGCGAAUGCGACAGGUCCGAGCAAUCAGACGAUAUAUGGUCUGGUACAGUGCACGCCAGACUUGUCACAGAACGCUUGCAGAGCUUGCUUGAAUGGAGCAAUCUCGGAAAUUCCGAAAUGUUGCAAUGGAAUGAAAGGUGGCGAAGUGUUGCGACCCAGUUGCAGCAUUGUAUAUGAGACUUACCUCUUCUUUGAUCCUGCGGCUGCACAACCAUUCAUAUCAUUACAGUCGCCGCCGUCUCCUCUUUCGCCAAUUGCUCCUCCGACGGCACCCAAGAAAGAGUAUCAAUAUUUGCAUGCGUUGAAAAAUGUUUUCUUAUGUCGUUGUAACCUUCUUACGUACAUCGUUGUAACCUUCUUACGUACAUAUACUUGCGCUGCCAUGCGUAACGUAGCCGGAGAAGAUGAAGAUGAAAUCAUGACCGUUGAGUCAUUGCAAAUGGACUUUGAAACCAUCAGAGCGGCAACGAAUGAUUUUUCUGAGGCAAAUAAGCUUGGACAGGGUGGAUUCGGACCUGUUUACUUGGGUAGGUUAUAUAAUGGACAAGAGAUCGCUGUAAAAAGGUUGAGUAGAGAUUCUGGGCAAGGUGAAAUGGAGUUUAAGAAUGAAGUGUUGCUGGUGGCCAAGCUACAGCAUCGGAAUUUAGUGAGGUUACUUGGUUUUUGUCUCGAAAAAGAAGAAAAGCUCCUUAUUUACGAGUUUGUUCCCAACAAAAGCCUUGACUGCUGCAUCUUUGAUUCCGUCAAAAGGGUGAAAUUGAAUUGGGAAAAGCGCUACAAAAUCAUAGAAGGCAUUGCCAAAGGCCUUGUAUACCUUCAUCAUGAUUCUCGAAUAAGAAUUGUUCAUCGUGAUGUCAAAGCAGGCAACGUGCUCUUAGAUGAAAAGAUGAAUGCUAAAAUAUCAGACUUUGGUAUGGCAAGAUUAUUUGUGGUAGAUCAAACUGAAGCCAAGACAAGUACAGUUGUUGGGACCCAUGGAUACAUGGCACCAGAAUACAUGAUGAAUGGAACGUUUUCAACUAAAUCAGACGUCUUCAGUUUUGGAGUAUUGGUUUUAGAAAUUAUAAGUGGCCAGAAAAACUAUCGAUUUCAGAAUGGAGAAAAUGAGGAGCACGUAGUAAGUGCGGUUUGGAAAAACUGGACAAAAGGGACAUUGGCAAAUAUUGUGGAUCCAACGUUGAUGGAGGAUGCUGGGUCAAGAAGUGAAAUAAUGAGAUGCAUCCACAUAGGGUUACUGUGUGUUCAAGAAAAUGCAGAACACAGGCCAACAAUGGCUUCCAUUGUUCCAAUGCUGAGUAUUCAUUCCAUCACUCUUCCUGUUCCUUCAGAACCUUCAUUUUAUAUCUGGAAAAGCUUACCAGGAAUCAAAUCAGCCGGAUCAGUAAAUCAGCUUUCAGUUUCAGAGCAAUAUCCUCGCUCCGACGCUUUGGAGAAAGAUGAGUUCAAGGAUGUGUUGAUGCAGAUGAUGAGUUAUCUGACAGAAAGGGCUGCUUCCAGAGACUCGCUUCGGAAGUUUGCGGUGGCGAAUGCUAGUGGUCCGGGCAAUCAAACCAUAUAUGGUCUUGCACGAUGCACGCCGAACUUGUCAAACAAGGAUUGUGACAUUUGCCUGACUGGGGCAUUCUUUGAUAUUUCUAAAUGUUGUGACGGAAAGAGAGGUGGUCGGGUGCUCCCACCCAGUUGCUACAUUAGAUUUGGACUUGAUAGCUUCUUUGACGCUUCUACAUACAAUAAUGCACAACCAUUUAUGCAGUCACCGUUGCCUCAUCCCGCCUCCCAACAAGCUGAAGCUAAGGAUGCUGCAGACUCAUUGCAAAUGGACUUUGAAACCAUCAGAAUGGCAAUAAAUGAUUUUGCUGGUGCAAAUAAGCUUGGACAAGGUGGAUUAGGAGCCGUUUACUUGGUAAGAUACUAG